CGCGGGUACAGGCAUAGCCAAACACGACCCGGCACCACAGACUCAGGUUUCUUGAACGCAGCAGCAAUGGGGGAUAUUGGAUCCCUCGUGGCGGUCGACGACCGGUCGGCCGAAAUCGACAAGACGGCGGCGCGAAGCCAACCACGGGUCUUGAGAUUUGGAGUGGUAGGAAUCGGCAGAAUGGGACAACUUCAUGCGCUCAACAUCCUCAGGUUGGUGCCUCAGGCCAAGCUGGUGUGUGCCUGUUCACCGGCCAAAGCAGACCUAGAAUGGGCCGAGACCAACCUGAUUCCCCACGGAGUUGCCGUAUAUCCUACCUUCGAAGAGAUGAUCCAGUUCCCUGGUCUCGACGCCGUCGUGGUAGCAUCUCUCUCGGAACUCCACUAUCAACAUACGAAAGCGUCGCUAGAGCGAGGUAUUCAUGUGCUUUGUGAGAAGCCCGUCACGCAGACGGUCGAACAGCUGCACGAUCUCAUCUCAAUAGUUCAGGCCUCCAACCGAACGCGGCUAAUGGUAGGCUUCACCCGACGUUUCGACGAGAAUUACCAGGAGGCGGCGCAAAAGAUCCGCGCAGGCGCCAUCGGUUCGCCCGUGGUAAUCCGGUCCCAGGGCUGCGAGAAGCUCGACGACGCUCCUUUCAUGCACUCGUAUGUGGUCAACGCAGCGAGGGGCGGCGGGUUUUUCGUCGACUCCAUCAUCCACGACAUCGAUCUCACGCUGUCGUUUCUCGAGGCCGGCAACAAAUCUACCGUCCCUCAGUCCGUAUGCGGGUUCGGCACGGCCGCCCACUUCAAGGAGCUCGAGUCGCAAGACGAAUUCCGCGACGGUGACAACGUCGUGGGCAUGGUUCAAUUCUGGGGUGGUCACAUCGCCUUCCAUUACAACUCCCGCACUGCCGCGGCCGGUUACGACAACCAGACCGAGAUUUUUGGCACCAACGGCAAAAUUUCAGUGAACCUGGUUUCGAAGCGCAACAGGUUGGAGCUGUCCGACGAGAGUGGCGUGCAUGUCUCGGCUUUGCCGAGCUGGUACGAUCGGUAUAAACCCAGUUUUGUGUCGGAAGUAAUCUCGUUUACGGACGCGGUGCUUGAGCAGAAGCAAAUGCCCAUUUCGUUGGAGUCGUGCGUCACGAGUUUGACCAUCGCACAGGCUUUGCAGGAGAGUUUCAGGACGGGCAAAAAGAUCGACUUUGACAAAGAGGGGAAGCGUAUCUGAAUGCUUAGUUAUGAGCGAGCAAUAGCCUCGAGGGCCGUUUAGAUUGUGCUGGGGUUUGAACCUCAUCAAGAGUAUAUGAAUAGAUGCCAGUUUUGAAGAUGUGGG